CCGAAGCGCGACAAGCGAAGUACGCGGCAUCGUAGACUACCAAAGAGACAACUUGCCGAGAGGAAUCUAUUUUCCCUCCAAUACACCAACCAUCCUCAAAGACGAGAGAAAGAAGUGAUCACCAUGUCGUCUUUUUCGGACGACAACAACUUUCGACCGGUAGCAGGGCGUCGAAAGCGACCGAUGCGGAUGCGUGUGAAGAAGUACAACGUCGAUGCUAGCAACAACUACAUUGCAAUCGAUAUGGCGGGAAGGGUUGAAAGCACGGAAUAUCACGACCAACGACCUCGUUCUCGUCCGGCUGRAAACGAUGCUGCCAGAAGCUCCCAAACGACUUCGAACGUGGCGUUGCUACCACUCAUGGAGGGCAGCGAAAGCAAAAGCCGCAAUGUUAUACGCAACGGAAUAGAGACGGGGAAACACUCGGAUGAAUAUUCCAUGCGGGUGGCGCCAUCGUUGUUCGAAUCAUCAGUAUCGGAUUCCGCGGAAGCCUCGUAUCCAUCCGAAUCGUCCGAAUCGUCUGUUGUUUCCGAGUCGGAUUAUAGCGAUGCAACCAGCGAGGACGUAGAAGACGAAGCGGUUACGGAAGCAGCAUCCGUGCUGGCAAAAUACGGAACUUCCGAGACGAGGAGUGCCCACCACCGAAUGUUGCUAACAACGUUGACGUCGUCGACGUCCACUUCGUCGCCCUCAAUGUCGUCCACCAUACACAAAUCUUGCGAAACCCCUGGCAAAGAUGGUUCCGAAAGCAGGGAUCGUCAGCACCAUCCCAUCUCGGCUAGGUCUAUGGGAUCAUUGCCAUCGUCGGAGGCUGAUUCGCGGCGACAAUGUGGCGACACACACGCGAUAGAAGAAUCGGGACCUGCGGACUGCGUUAGCGAUCGCGAUCGCGAUGCAACAACAAUAGGAGCGUCUGAUCAGAAAGAGCUUUUGGCGAAAUACCAGAAUAUAUACAAUCCACCAACGCCAGAACAUGACGAUCAUACUAUUGAAUCGAAUUAUAACUCGGGGGAGGGAGAAGAAGAUGCAAAAGCUAAUAGUAACGGGGGGGAGGGAGAAGAAGACACAAAAAUUAAUUGGGGCAACAUAGAUGAAAACGACAAUAACAGCGACAACGAAAACGAAAACUACAACAACGACUACGACAAUGUCAACAAUAAUAAUGACGACGACGACAAUACCGAUAAAUACAGCCGUAGCCAUGGAGACAACCACAGUGAGAACGGCAUUAGUUCGAAACCCAAGUUCGGAUCGAGUUGGGGCAAAGUUGAUUACGAGAAAGGAGAGUGCGAAGAGUCAAUGACAGGCGAAAAAGAAAACGACAAAGGAACGAUUGGUGCGCAAAGCGUAGCAUUAGAUGACGACGGCGGGGAUGUUUUCCACGACGCCGUAUCGUCGCAACCAGAGGCACAACAUGAGGGGAGCAAAGCAUCGACGGUUAAGAAUUUGAUUAAAUUUUACGACUCGUUUGAAAAUCAAAAUGAAAACGAAGAUUACGAACACGUCGACAGUACCCGUGAGAAUGAAUACAAAGCCAUAAAAGACGASAGAUUUCAUUCCCAGAGUCCUUCGUCUUUGAUCUGUACAGAAAGGAGAGAAGAAAUAGUCAGUGAAUCAGUAGGUGAUACAGGUCAAUCGUUAGAGGAUUUUAGUGUUUGUGAAUCAAUAGAAGAUACAGGUGAAUCAGCAGAGGAUGUUAGUGUUUGUGAAUCAGUAGAAGAUACAGGUGAAUCAGCAGAGCAUGUCAGUGGAUGUGAAUCAGUAGAAGAUACAAGAGAAUCAGCAGAGGAUGUUAGUGUUUUUGAAUCAGUGGAAGAUACAGGUGAAUCAACAGAGGAUCUGAUUUGUACAGAAAGAAGAGUAGAAAUAGUCCGUGAUUCAGUAGAGGGUGCAAGUGAGUCAGUAGAGGAUACAUGUGAAUCAGUGGAGGAUACAGACGUUUCAACUGAGGGUACACCGACACCAAAAGAUACUGAAGAAAUGUUUUCCGUUCUCUACGGAAUCAAUCCCCCUGGCAUCGGCAUCGAAUCACCACCUGAAUCCUCGGAAUCUGAUUCAGGGCCUUCUGGCGAAUUUUCAACGGAAGAUUUUUCUUCGGAGACAGAGCCAAAAUCAAAAAACUGGUUUGCGCCUUUGGGGUCCCUAUUUCAAUGGUGCAGGGCAGAACCAGCGUCUUCGUCUUCAUCGUCUGGGGAAGAAGAACACAGUGACCAAGAAAUAAUAGACGAAGAGAAAGGCGAGAUGAGGGAAAUGACUAUUAGUGAACAGAUAGCAGAAGCAGCCGCAGUGAUCGCAAGAAGGAGAGAACGAGAAGAUAGUGAGGACCAGGGAAUGAGUCUCAGUGAACAGAUAGCAGAAGCAGCCGCAGUGAUCGCAAGAAGGAGAGAACGAGAAGAGAACGAGGAAAAAAGCAGGGAAAUAAGUUUCAGUGCAAAGAUAGCAGAAGCAGCCGCAGUGAUUGCAAGGAGGAGGGUACGUGAAGAGAACGAGGAAAAAAGUGAGGAAAUGAGUUUAAGUGCAAAGAUAGCAGAAGCAGCUGCAGUUGUCGCGAGUAGGAGGGAACGUGAAGAAAACUUGGAAAAUAGCGAGGAAAUGAGUAUCGGUGCAAAGAUAGCAGAAGCAGCUGUAGUGAUCGCAAGGAGGAGGGAACGUGAAGAGAACGAACGCCGGAGUGAGUACAGUCAAGUUGAGGAGGAUUUCACAGAGCAGUAUUCGCAGCUACGAAACGAAGAAGAUCACAAUGAAUUACACGAGUCAAAUGUGGAAGAGACUGUGACCGAGGCAUCCUUGGCAAAGGAAGUUGCUCUGAUGGCACUUGCUAAAAAGAAAAGCAACUCCCAAUUACAAAGUGCAGACUACUAUGACAAAAUAUACAAUCAAAAGGCAGAGGCAAAUACACCAAAUAAUUCUUUAGAAGAUCAAAUUGCCGCAGCAGCUAAUGCUGUGAAAAUGAAAAACAUUUCAACUCCCAAGACGGAGGAGUACUAUGAUAAGCUCUACCAACCAAGGGAAGACGCAAAUAAAUCAAGUGAUAUCCUGGCAGAUCAAAUUGCCGCAGCAGCAAUGGCAGUGAGAAUGAAAAAUGGUUCAUCGCCCAAGACGGAAGAAGAUUAUGAUAAACUUUACCAACCAAAAACAAAGACAAUGGCAUACCAAAAAAAUUCGCCCGCGACAAGCAGAGACUUCUACGAAAGCUCAGAUAACAGCACAAAUUACGAAUGGAAAGAAGAGCGACAUUCAUCAUACUCUUCCUAUUCAAAUACCUUGGGAAAACAACUGGACUACGACCUAGAAGCGUCCUAUUCAUCAAGGCAUUCCUCUCGAUCUGAACCGAUUGAAAAGCCUGACAUCAAAAGAUGGUCGAUUGGUCGGACGAUGUUACUUUUGGGAGCAAUACUUGUUUUGAUCAUAAUUGGUGUUCUAGUUUAUUUUCUGGUGUUUCACGGUAGCAGAAAUGAUCGUGACGACAGCACAUCGAACGUUACAGAUUAUUUGAGCACUGAACCGACCCGUUCUCCCAUCAAAUCGCCAUCUUUUCUCCCAACGGUGAAGCCAACGAUUCCCGUGGAUAAGCCAAUAACUUCUUCUGGUCCCAUUCGAACAGAUCGCCCUACGUUUCAGCCAUCGCGUGUUCCAUCACUUCCAGAUCCUACAAUCCAACCGAUUUUUCCUACAUUUAAUCCACUGCCAUCGGAAAUCUUUGAUUCUCCAAGUCAACCUGUUGCGAAUAAUCCACCACCUCUUCA